AUGCAGCAAGAGGAUGGAGUAAAUGAAGAGCAAACAACUCUGAAGUACUCAAGAGAUGUAUGUAGCUUCACAAGGGGAAUACUGCAUAAGGAACUUGUUGAUUAUCUGAAGAAGCAUGUGGAGAAUGCAAAGCCUGCCAAACACAGCGUAGAGAAUCAGGCCAUGUGGCUCGUUCGGACAACCCGUAAAGUCUAUCGUCGCACGCUAACACAUACAGCAAAACCUGACAACAGAAACCGUUUUGAACGGAUGAACAAUUUCACGUGCAAAAAGACAAGGAUCCUAACAUAUGUCAACGAAAUCCCUCAGAAGUUCACACACAGGGAAUCUCAUUCAAAAUUCUCAAAAUCCCUCAGAAUUCAUGAUUUUGAGUAUGUUUUGACGUACCCUUCUGUCUUCUUCCCGCGCAAACGCGGAAUUAACGCCUUAACUACCGGUGGGACCCACGCUGAGUCCUCAGUGGCACCCUUGCGUAAAUAA